UGCCACUUCAACCGUUUGGCAAAAGAGCGCGAGAAACCGGAGGAAAAAAACUGUUCUUCUGCAGAGGAAAGCGAGAAACGGCGCGAGGGGAGUGGAAGAAUGCCGAUCGGAGAGGCCGCGACGACUCUGCCGGCGCACGAGGACUGCCCUCCUCCGAAGAGCGGCGCCGACCCCGGUCCUCGGCGGUUCUCGCGCGGCGGCCGCUCGGGACGAGCCAGGCGGGAGAUGGCGCACGGAGGGAGGAACCCGUCACCGAAGCGAGGAGCGCUGCCGCCGGGUGAGGGGGCAGUGGCGAGCCGGCCCCAUCCGCUCGAGCACUCGUGGACGUUCUGGUUCGAUAGCCCCGGCACGAAGUCGAGUCAAGCUGCCUGGGGAAGCUCGAUACGCCCGGUCUACACUUUCUCCACCAUUGAAGAGUUCUGGAGCGUUUACAACAACCUGCAUCAGCCAAGUAAGUUGGUGGUGGGAGCUGACCUCCACUGUUUCAAGAAUAAAGUGGAGCCAAAGUGGGAGGACCCCGUCUGUGCAAACGGGGGGAAGUGGACUGUAACUUUCUCCAGAGGGAGGUCAGAUACGUCCUGGCUGUACACGUUACUAGCAAUGGUUGGUGAACAGUUUGACCAUGGAGAAGAGAUUUGUGGAGCAGUCGUCAGUGUCAGAGCUAAGCAAGAUAAGAUAGCUUUAUGGACUAGAAAUGCUUCAGAUGAGGCUGCCCAGAUGAGCAUUGGGAAGCAGUGGAAGGAGUUCCUCGACUGCAGCCAGAACGCGGGGUUCAUCUUUCACGAGGAUGCCAAGAAGCUUGACAGAGCCGCCAAGAAUCGCUACACGGCAUGAAUAAAAUGUCCGUAUUGGAUGCAGCUACAGGAAGUAAAUGCCUUCGCUCCGUCGCCUUACCAAUCAUUUGUACAGUGCUGGUGAUAUGGGUUAGGUUGUUCCCAAGUUUAUAACAAUCUAGGCUGACUAACAAGUACAUCUCUUAAAGGGACAAUCCUGUUAAUACGCUGGGGUAUUACUGCAAAAUUUCUCGGAAAAUUUUCGAUCCGCGAAA